AUGACCCUGCAAAUCCCAAACCCACGUCCCUCCUAUUCCCAGACUCGAGAGAAUCUCAUCAAGGCUGUGCCCCCCUAUCUCAUCUGCUCCUUGUUGUGCGGAGGGAAAGAAUGUCGCUACGAGGGACCCGGUGGCUGGACACUGCAGCAGCAGGCAAUCCGUGGUGUCUUCUCAGCAUGGGUCACUGAUGAUAUUUUGGCCAUGGCAAGACCAUCUACACAGCUCAUUAAGAAGUUCAACAUCAUCAAGCAGUUCAAAGGGUUAAACAUCAAAUCUGUGAUAAAUCUACAAGUACCUGGUGAGCAUAAUCAUUGUGGCGACCCCUUGGAAUUAAAGAGUGGAUUUUCAUAUUUACCAGAGGUCUUCAUGGAGAAUGAUAUUUACUUCUUUAACUUUGGAAUGGCAGAUUUUGGAGUGUCCUCGCUGGUUCGUGUGCUGGACGCAGUGAAGGUGACAUCGUUUGCGGUACAGGAGGGCAAGGUGGCUGUGCAUUGUCAUGCAGGGCUCGGGCGAACAGGAGUCCUGAUCGCCUGUUACCUGGUUUACGCCUCGCGGGUCAGCCCCAGUGAAGCCGUACACUUUGUCCGGAUCAAACGCCCCCGCUCCAUCCAGACACGCACUCAGAUUAACUUGGUUUUUGACUUCGCCCAGUUUGUGGACUCUCACAGGACAGUUUUCACGGAUGUCAGUUCGCACGACCACCCUGUCACCUUGCAGCAGUACCUUCACCGGCAGCGGCACCUCCUGCAUGGAUAUGAGUCACGGCAUCUCAAGCACAUGCCCAAGCUUGUGGACUUCAUCUGCAAGAGGCUUCUGCAGAUAGCGUUCGACAAGGAGGAUUCCAUCACGAUGCAGGUGGAGAUGCAAAGGGAGGUGAGUGACCAAAUAAUGACUCUGCACAUCAGAAAGACUAUCGCUUCAUUUGUCACCUCACCAGAGUUUCUCCUAGCAAACCAGGAGCCAGAAGACCCCGACAAUGCACUGAGGCCCUCCGCCUGCGUGGCUGGCUCAUUGGGACCAGUGACUUUGCCUGCUGGGGGCACAGAAACUCAACACCGCAAACCGCCAGGAUUAUUACGGACCUUCAGCGACUCCAACCUCUCUGGAAUCAUUCGCAGUUAUCAAGCACAGGAUACCAAUGGGCGGCGACCUUUGUCAGUGGGUCAGUGUCAAGCUGCAGCUUCAAAGCUCAGCCUCGUUGGACUAAACAAUCCAGUGAGACCUUCCAUCAGCUGUGAAGGAAAGGAGAACUUUGUGAGAGGCUGGAGCCUGGCACAGACUGACCAGGAAGCAGGACUCAAGCUCGCCAGGCAAGGAAACUCUCUACUGAGCGAUACCAGCUUUGUGUCUACAGCCAAGAGGAAGGCCAAAGUCUAUUUGAGCCACUCAAUAAAAGAUUUGGGCAGAAAAAUGGAUAAACAUGGGCCUCUCCUGGAAAUGGUUGCCAGGGCGAUGUCAGAAGGACCGCCAGUGGAGAGCAACAUGUUGAUGAAAGUCCGUCUCUGGAAGGUGGAGCUAAACGAGAAUGAGGGGGCCUGGGGCCGCCUGGCUACAGAGGAAGAUCCCAGGAUUCUCAGUGCGUUGAUGUGGAGCUGGCUGGAACUUCUCAAGGAGCCAGUGCUGAGAUCAGAAGAUGUAAUGACACUGCUGUUUAAGCCCACAGUUAAAGGGGCCUCUUGGAAUCUGGAAAAGUGUCGGGAAGAGACAAUCAGCUGCAUCUUGGAUUGUAUCAGUAAACUCACUGGCAUGCCCUGUGCACUGGAAGAUUCCAUAAUUCACCGACUGAUCCGAGCUCUAACUCAGAGCUGUGAGGAGGAUGUGAUGCAUUUUGCUACUUUGUCUCAGAAACUGAAAAUGAUCAUCAGGGAAAAACGCUCACAUUAUCUCUUCAACAAAGGCAUGGUGAAAACAGCAACAGUGGUGAAGAUAUCCUCACAUGGGAAGAGCAAAUGAAAAUAAAAUUCACUGGUUUGAACCUCCGUAAAUUUUUACCAGUUACUGCCAAAUAUAAUGUCAGUGGUUGGAGUUUUUAGAAUGUA